AUGACCGACCUACGACCAACUUUCGGGAAGCGACCUCUGCGGCGCUCCGCAAUACUGGAGCACUUGGCGGCAAUUCGUUAUCGUACGGGUCGCCGCUACCCUUGCGCCAUACUGGACGGCGGCUUUGCUACCGAGAUAGAACGAUUAGGGCACGAUCUGUCGACGACUGCAACCCAAGGAGAAUGGGCAGCAGCCGUGCUUCACAAAGCGCCGCACGAUGUGCAGCGAGUCCACAGGCGAUACCUGGAAGCAGGUGCUGAAAUCCUGACAUCUGCCUCUUAUCAGGCUUCUAUGGCGAGCAUUCCGACUGCAGUGGAGGUUCUAGCUCGGUCUCUUGAUCGACUUGACACACAAGCGUCGUAUGUACUGCGGGCUGUGUCGCUAGGCCCCCUGGCUGCUAGGCUUGGGGGCGGCCUCGAGUACCGCGGCUACGCGGAUACCGAGCUAUUUGCGGCGGGUGAUGAGGCCGCACGUGAAACGUUUCGGCGGUAUCACGAGCCGCGUAUCGCUGCAUGUGUACCGUUUUUUGCGGAAAACUCGAAUGACCGGGAUCUCACGGGCGAUGGCACGGUUCCGCGAGCUGACUUUAUCCUCUUUGAAACCGUACCAGACGCCCUCGAGGCAACGUGUAUUUCGGAGCUCAUGACCAGUGAUACGCGAUUCGAGAACAUACCGUGGGCCAUAUCGUUGCAGUGUCGACUGGCAUCGUCAUCGCCGCCUCUAGCGCCUGAGUCCUCAGAGCGCUGCACCAACAUGCCGCAGCUGGCUGGCGGCGGCCCAGUACCCUCUGUUGUUGAAGAGUUGCUUGUGUCGAGUUUUGGGCCUGAUCCCGAAAGCGGUACGCGAAACGGUCCGCUCUUCAUUGGAUUCAACUGCUGUCCUCCGUGGUUGAUCCGCCCGAUACUUGAAAGCCUCCAGCGGUGUCGUCAUCCGCUGGCGCGACAGUGUGCUAUCUUGUCCCGGACUUUGGAACGAACCGAGGUCAGGUCCGCUGACAAAUGGGCAAACUUCGCCGGUUGGGCCGUGUACCCAAACUCGGGGGAAAUGUGGGACCCCGGAACCCAGACUUGGGGACGCCCAUCGGCCUCGACGCUGGAUCCCGAAAACGACGCGUUUUGGCAGUAUCACGUACCCGUGUGGAGCGCUCUUGGCGCUACGAUCAUCGGUGGCUGCUGUAGAAUCGGACCCCAGGGCAUUUCAGCGUUGGCGCGUGUCGUUCUUGGAUAG